AUGACACCACGCAACCCCGAUCCUAUCGAGAGUCUUGUACUGCCCCUCAAGCCUGAGUCGCUCCAAUGCCUGUACCGGUUUAUGGAGUACAAGCGCACACCGCUGCCGCACCCCGUACCCAAGAGCCGCAUGGCGGCCGUGGCCAUCGUGCUGUUUGUCGGGCGCAAGGGCGACCUAUAUGUUCUCCUCUCUACGCGCUCGGGUGAGCUCCGAACAUACGCCCACGACACAGCCCUGCCCGGCGGUAAAUAUGAAGAAGGCGAUGAGGACGAGGAGGGUACUGCGCGUCGCGAGGCCUAUGAGGAGAUUGGUCUCCCCAUCGACAAAGAGCGCGUGCGGUGCCUCUGCAUGCUGGACCCCUUCCUCGCCGGCAACCAGCUGAUCGUUACACCUGUGGUCUUCCUCAACAUUGACCGGCGUAUCAACCCUGUCCUGAACCCCGCCGAGGUCGAGUACCUCUUCAGCAUGCCAUUGACUGCCUUCCUGUACGACAGGCCACAGGACAUUCCAGGCUGGAACUUUGGCUUCUCUGAGAAGGUCCGGCGGGGAGCCGACACCAUGCCGACGACCAUGGCCCCGCCAAUGCGACCCGACUAUGCCAGUGACCCCGUUGUGGGCAGUGCCGACGCUCCCAGUAUUGGUGGGCGUGAGGGCGUCGCCUACUACCAGUACCGCGACGUGGCGUGGGGAGGCGGCGUGGUGCGUAUGCACCGCUUCCUCACUGGCAGGGAGGGUGGUGGUGUCAAACCGGUGUACGGUCUGACUUCUAACAUCCUCAUCCACGCCGCGGUAGUUGGGUUCGGACACCCGCCAAGCUUCCAGGUAUUCGCUCCCGGUCAACCGACUAUGGCCCAGCGCGUCCGCCACGAGAUCACACGCGGAGACGGCGGUCCCCUGCGACGUGCAGUGGAGAAGGGUGGCAUGCUGGACGCCUGGCUCAACGAUAAUAGCCCAGGAGCCUAUGAGGGCGUGGGCAAGUAUGAUAAAGUGGACAAGGAAGGCGACAAGGCCAAGUUGUAG